UCACAAACCAGACCCCAAGUCUCUAACUUCCUUCCCUUUAUGCCUUUUCUCGUUUCAGUUUCUUUUCAUUUUUUAAUUUCCCCUAUGAACUGGCACUGCUGAUUAAACAAAGAAAGAAAAUUUCUGCUCUCAAGUCUCAGCUCUCUCUCUCUCUCUCUCUCUCUCCUCAAAAACUUUGAAGGAAUCGUACUUAUAACAUAUGGGUCUGUCAGGAACCUGGAUUUCCUUCCCUUCCAUUUCCACCUAUUUUAUAUCCAUCUCUGGGUUUCCUCUUUAGAGAAAGAAAAACUAAAAACAACCCAAAGACAGUUCAUUUCUUUUUUGUUUUUUCUGAGAAAGAAAGACUCAUUUCUCCAAAUUAAACCUCCAGCUCCAGAUCUGUGUGUCUCUGUCUUUUUCGCACAUUUCUUUACAAUGAGAGACAGGAUGGUUUCUUGUUUCAGCGAAAGCGCAGUGAGUGUGUCUAAUCCUUCAUGUUCUAGCUAUGCAAACACAGCUUGUGUCAAUCCAAGCCUUGCCCCUUCCGUCCGAAAUUCAGUCGCCUGUGUUUACAGAGUCACCCUCUCCACCCAGAAGAAAAUCUUGAUCACAGUUACCUGGUGCAAGAACCAUUCUGCUCAAGGCCUUAGCAUAAACUUCGGCGACGACCCGUCGACGGCAGCCUUCAGGCUCAACACGAAUUCGCGCUUGUUCAGGAAGAAGAAGGGAAGCAAGUUGAUGGAAUCCGGCAGUUCAAGCAUCGAAGUUUUCUGGGAUCUCUCCAAUGCCAAGUACGACGCGGGACCUGAACCUGUCGAGGGAUUCCAUCUGCUUGUCAUGGUUGAUUCAGAAAUAGGCCUAAUUUUAGGCGACAUGGCUGAAGAAACUGUCGCCAAGAAAUUCAAAACUACGACUUCUGCCGCAACCGUCUCUCUGAUUUCGCGGCGGGAGCAUUGUUCAGGCAACACCCUUUAUUCAACCAAGGCUCAGUUCUGCGACGCCGGCAUUGCGCACGACAUUUUGAUCAGGUGUACAGGAGAAGCCGAAGGGUUGAGAUCGCCGGUUUUAUCGGUGUGCAUCGACAAGAAGACGGUGAUUCGCGUGAAGAGGCUGCAGUGGAACUUCAGAGGGAACCAGACGAUUUUCGUUGACAAUUUGUUGGUUGAUCUGAUGUGGGACGUUCAUGAUUGGUUCUUCAAUCCUGCAUCUGGAUAUGCGGUGUUCAUGUUCCGGACUAGAAGUGGGUUGGAUAGCAGGCUUUGGUUGGAGGAGAAGUUGGUGCAAAAAGACCAAGAGAGAGUCGAAUUCUCUUUGUUGAUCUACGCCUGUAAGAACCAAUAGUUCUUUUGUUCUUGUUCUUGUUUCUUCCUUCUUCUUCAUUCGUGUUCUUCCAUUUUUACGUUUCAAUAUUCUUUUUCUUUUCUGCUUGAAAGGAAUUAAUAGACACUCACUCUUUUUCUUUUAUAUCAAACAAGAAAAAAUUAACUUGGGAGUUCUUGAAUUUUA